AAGUGAAGAUUCCUGCAACGGAUGUGGACUUUCUGAGGUUCUUGUGGUGGCCAGGUGGCGACACUACUCAAGGACUGAGGGAAUUUCGAAUGACUGUGCAUCUAUUCGGUGCAGUUUCAUCUCCCAGCUGUGCAAAUUUUGCCCUCAAGCAGACAGCUGAGGAUAAUGAAGGGAAAGCUGAUAGCUCAGCACUGAACACAAUUCGUCACAAUUUCUAUGUGGAUGACUGUGUUAAAUCAGUUCCAGAUGAAAACCAAGCAAUUAGUCUGGUUCAGAACUUAAAGAAAAUAUGUGCAACUGGAGGAUUUAAACUUACCAAAUGGACCAGCAACAGCCGUUCUGUCCUUGCAUCUUUACCUGUAGAGGAAAAGGCAAAAGAAGUAAAGAACAUUGACCUUGAGAAAGACGAGCUUCCUGUAGAGAGAGCACUUGGCAUGCGGUGGGAUGUUGAGUCCGAUACAUUCUUCUUUGACAUCACUCCGAAACAACAACCAGUUAGUCGAAGGGGAAUCUUGUCUGUGCUCAAUUCUGUUUACGAUCCUCUGGGAUUCUUAUCGCCAGUUAUGCUCACAGGGAAACUGAUACAGCAGGAGCUGUGUAAGAUCAACUGCGGAUGGGAUGGGGAAAUCCCACCUGCCCUUGCGUCAAAAUGGAGCGAGUGGCAGAAAGAUCUUCAUGGGAUUUCCGACUUCAGAAUUGAAAGAUGCUACAAACCCGUGGAUUUUGAUGUCACUGACCCCCAAUUACACCACUUCUGCGAUGCCAGUGAAAGUGGCUAUGGGACUGUCAGCUACAUAAGAUUUACCAGCGGCAGCAAACCUCCUCACAUUUCGUUAGUGAUGGGAAAAGCAAGGGUUGCACCCCUGAAAGUGGUCACAAUCCCCAGAAUGGAGCUCACCGCAGCGGUUUUGGCCGCACGUAUUGACAAUAUGCUCAGGAAAGAACUGGGGCUUCAGAUCUCAGACUCCUUCUUCUGGACUGAUAGUACUUCUGUCCUGAAGUACAUUCUGAGUGACACUCAGAGAUUCAAGACCUUUGUGGCUAACCGAGUAUCCGUGAUACGUGACCUGACACAGAAAUCUCAGUGGCGUCACAUUAAGACUGAUCUCAACCCAGCAGACAAUGCGUCUAGGGGAAUGCGAGCUGAUGCUUUUCUGAAAGAAAGAUGUUGGCUUAACGGUCCAGACUUUCUGGCCAAAUGCGAAGCUGACUGGCCGAAACUUUCCACUCAACCACUGGUACUUUCGGACAGUGACUCAGAGGUAAAGAAAACUGUUGUGGCCUUCGCAACAACAGUCCACGAAGACCCUCUGACUCGCUUCAUCGAAUCCUUCUCAUCAUGGGACAAACUCAUCAGAUCUACGGCAUGGCUUUUGAAGUUCAAAGGGACUCUGAGACACUUGAUCCAAUUGAAAAAAGCAGGUACCUCACACAGUGCAUCAGUUAAAUCAGAAUGUGUAGGACAAGCAGCUAUCUGACCAGCAACUGUCCGUGCAGGAUUUUACAGAAGCUGAGGAAUCACUUGUUGCUUAUGUUCAACAGAAAGCCUUCAGGGAUGAAGUGAAUGCCUUAAGGGCAGGCCAAGCUGUA